UGAGGUGCAUUUGUGCGAUAGAUUAUUAAAUCAACCAUGCUAUGCAGCCACAUGAAAAUCUUACAGAUAUAGCAAAACUAUCAAUAUUCAAUCAAUAGAGGUUUAAAUAUAUUCAGACAAGCUUCGUCUGUCAUUGGAAGGAGCAGCCUGGACAUUGGAAUUCAGCUGAAGAGUGACUGCCGCUGAACCUUGAUGGGCGAAUCAGGGUCGCGCCGCUCCACGCUCGUCUCCAGGCUGCCCAUCUUCAGGCGGAGCGUAAGUAAGAGGCAGGACUCGUUGCCCUCCUCCCCAUCCUCGGCCGGCGUGGGCAAUGGCGUUCACACCUCGUCCCCCUCCAGCACCAACUCCAGCAACAGCAGCACGGGCAAGCGCCGUAGCCUGUUCCGCACACCCUCCAUCAGCUUCAGCAGCAAGAGGAACAGUGAGCCGCCACGCAUCCAGACCCCUCCUCUGGACCCAGCCCAGGACACCAACAGCAGCCAGAACAACCCUCCGCUGGGCUUCCAAGAUGGCGCUGUGCUUCCACGGGCCAAGACGCGCCACUCCUUUGGCUUUGGGGGCCACCGGCAGAAAAAGAUCACCCGCUCGCAGACUGAAGACUUUGAGAAGGUGACCUCCACGGCCAAUAGGAACGUGUUCAUCAACUGCAUCAGCUCAGGUACCAACGAGGGCGAUGACUCGGGGUAUCUGGAUGACUUCAGCGGCGACAGCAAGCGCUCGUACAGGCAGAAGAAACAGCUGCUGCCCAAGUCCUUCUCUGCCCACCACCGCUUCUCCAAGAACUCUGAGCAGUGCAAGCCCCCAGUGGUGAGUGUAGUGCCGCCGACGUCAGGGGGUACCCCGGGCUCGUGGCCGGGCGAGCUGCUGGGGGAGAGCUCCCUGCAGUCGCCCAUUUUGUCUGAGGACCGCACCACGGCCCUCACCCCCUCCGAGUUUAAUGUCCCCAUCACAGAGGACUCUGUGUCUGAGGUGGACGUGCUGCUUGCCCCCAGCCUCGCCGCCACACCAGACAACUUCAGCCAUGUCGUCUCUACCUCCCAGGUGUUCUUCAUGCCUGCCCAAGCUGCCACAGACAAGCCCCUACUGCCAGACACCAGCACCGCAAACACCACAGAGUCUGAGACUGCAGUCCCUGUCACAGAACCAGCAACAGCUGCAACACCACCAAUGCCACCGGAACAACCAACACAAUCACAGGAAGAGAAGGAAGAAGGGGAAGAGAAGGAGGAUGUUGUGAUGGUGGAGGAGGUCAGACCAGCGCAGACGGAGACUAGUGAGAGCGAGGCAGGCCCAGUGCGUAGUAAAGGCUACCAUUCCAAUCCAGAGCAGUCUGAGAGGAGGUCCAGGAACACAGUGCUCAUCCAGGAACCAGGCAAGGGAGCGUGCUGCGGUAGACAUGAACCCAGGUCAUGUCACCUGAGGAAACCCCACACAGUGUCCAUGUGCAGCAGCAGCGCCAGCCCCUACCACGAGGUGAUGCGCAUGGAGCGCCGGCUACGUUCCUCCUCGGAGGGUGCCGGGGGGCCACGGGGGCUCCACCUCAACCUCAAAGAGCCCCAUUGCACUGCCGAGGGGAGCGUGCUGCUGAAACAGAGGACCAACUCGUCGUCCUCCAAGCUUGGCAGCCUUGAUGUACUGAACAAUCUGGGCUCGUCUGAGCUGGAUGAGGAUGACCUGAUGUUGGACCUGGACCUCUCUGAUGACCAACGCCAGCGUCACGUAUUCCGAGAGGACUCCAGCCAGUCCCUAGCCUCCUGCCUGAACCUGAUGCACUCCCCACUGGAGCCCAAUGUAGACAGGAUCCCUGGCAGGGAGGCCAGAGACACCACCAUCAUCCACAGGGAGCCUUGCCGGCCGACCACCCUGCUGCCGGCUGACUGGUGCCUGGGCCGGGAGGACGAGGCCCCGGGGCUGGAGGCACUACCCCUCAGGCUGAUGCAGCAGGACUGCACUUCCGUCAAGACCCUGCUGCUGCGCCUCCGGAGGACCCUGCAGGAGAGCACUGACACAAGUCCUGCAAGCAGCCUCCAUUCUCUCCCCAUCAGCCCCUGUAGUGAGAAGUCACUGCCCCUAAAGGAGCCGGGGAGGGAAGAGGCUCUGCUGCGGCAGCUGAGGGAAAAGGAUGAGCUGAUCUUCCGACUGCAGGCUGAACUGGAGAGUGCCAAAGCUGCCCUGAAGCCCACCUGCCAAAAACCUGACCGAACUACGCAGACUGACCCUCUUGGACCAGAGACCAUCCAUCCAAGCCGAGCAACAAGCCAAAACAGUGCCAGCACAAGAGACAGAAGGGCGGCCCGGUCUCUCAACGUGGACCAAUAUAGCCGUGUGGUGGCUGAGCGCUCAACUACCAGUGACGUGCGCCACUGCCCAGCCCCGACCCAAACCCCGGCCCCACCCCUUUCCUCCAGUGGGCCUGUGGGAGGCAGGGACCAUUCAGGGGCCCCCAGGAGACCAGAAGAGGCUCUGUCCUCAUCAUCAGAGGCAGGGACUCUCAGGAAAAGUGAAUACCCAACCAGUCAGAUCCCCCGGGCGAUGGGGGUGGGGGGCAGCAGCUCCAGCCUCCAGAGUCGAGACAGCCCCUGCCGAAGCUGCCUCUCCUCAGACAGCGAGAGAGCCCCCGUGCCAAGCCCCCGCCAGCCUCCUCCUCCCUCCACCACCACCACCUCCUCUUCCUCCUUUACGGGCCGCCUAGGCCAGCCCCCCAGAGGGCCCUUGUCCCUGCACAUGUACAGCCGCAAGAACGUCUUCCUGCAGCACUCGCUCCACACUGCUGAACUGCAGGCCUUGGUCCAGCAUAACGGCUGAGGCGCGGGCCGCACACACACAAACACACACACGCACCUUUCACUUUUCCCAUAUACCUUAAACAUAUCAUUGAAUGGACUCAUCACCGUCUGAAUCAUGGAAGUGAAGGUAAUCUCUGGAAUUUAUCCAACAAUCAGUGUCAACUCCCAAGCAUCUUCCGUUCACCUCAAAUCUAACCCAUUUCGUACAUCUCAUUCUCUCAACCCUAGCUCCUCCUUGCUAUGACAGACACUUUAAAACUAUCUAUAUCACAUCAUUGGGACAUUUGCUUCUCUUCUUAAACACAUAUGUUGUGUUACACUGUCAUCCAACCAAACCUCCAAACAGUACCUCGGUAGGUACAUGUUUAUAUGCGUUUCUUUGGUUCUGUGCAUUUGACCAUUUUGACAUUUUAUAUUACUGUAGAAGGCGGAUAGAUGUGCUCACUUGAACACACACCAGUCAGUCAGCCUGCCUGCUAGCAUUAACAAGGCACUCGUUCAUCUAUCACAUUAGAUUAGCACUGAAUGUUGAGCGUUUGCUUAGAGGUGCUAAUGUCCACACAUGCGUGAACACACACACUCUAGCGCCAUAGGGAAUUAACUAAUGUGAGAGUUGUAGCUACAUUAGCAAAGCUGAACAUGACCAAACCAUGAUGCUCAUUGCACUGACAAUGUGACCAACAUAAACUACAUGCCCAAAAGUAUGUGGACACCUGCUCGUCGAAUAUCUCAUUCCAAAAUCAUGGGCAUUAAUAUGGAGUUGGUCCCCC